AUGGCUGAGGAGGAUGAAGAGCUUGACCUGUACAAUGAGAUGACUUUUGGGUUAGACCGAGACUCCACUGAGGAGGAUGCCACAAAACCUCUGAUGCCUGCUGAGAUGAGCCUUGAGCUGGCAGAAGUGGUGGCAGAGGAGACUGAGGAGGAACUGGGGUCUGGAGCAGCUGAGCAGCUGGAAGAGCCCCAGGAGGAAGGUGGGAUGGAGCCAGAGGUUGAGCAGGAUGGCUCUGAGUUGGAGGAAGAGGAGGAGGAGCUGGGGGCUGAGGAACAGGAGAAGGAUGAGGAGCCCUGCGAGGAGCCCAACGACCUGGGAGACCCGGCAGUGAUGAGAGCCGUGCAGAGCAAACCCACACUGGAGAGCCAGGACUCUGCGGUGCUGGACAGCAGGAUUGGUGCUUGCUGGGCAGAGUUUGGCAAAGAGGACAUGCUGGCGAUGGAUCCUGUGGUGUGGGGCUCCUGCCCUGGCAGCAUCCCACCCCACCACGUGCUGGAGGAUAAAGCCAUCCUCCAGGUCCUGGAGAGGCCCCCACCAUCCACCAACAUGGCCCUUGACUUCCUCAGCUCCCCCGUGCAGAGGGGCUACGGGGGCUCUCCCCGGCUCAAGCGCCCUGACUUAAGGCUGAUGUCCCCCAAGUCAUUCCCCCAGCGCUUUCUCCAGCAGACUGCAGGGUACGCGUCUCCGACCCCUUUCCAGCCCAUGUCACCCAACGUCGGCAGCCCGCCGCGGCCUCUCGCCAUGCACUUCGGCCCCAUGUCUCCCUCUUUGGACCCCGCGCUCUUCUUCAGCCCAUCGGCCAGCGGCCAGCUGAGCCUCAGUGCUCCCAGCCAUAUGACCCAGCUGCACCCCCAACACCAGCGGAUCCUGACCCAGCGGCAGCAGCAAGGAGAGCAGGCGCAGAACAUCUCCCCCAAGAAGCUAUGGUCUCCUAAAGUGGACCCUUACGCUGGGCUGAUGACUUCCAAGGAGAAAGACUGGGUCGUCAAGGUGGAGAUGAUCCAGCUGCAGAGUGAGAACAUGGAUGAUGACUACUACUACCAGACGUACUACCACCGGCUGGAGCGCAAACAGGCCGAGGAGGAGCUGCUCGGUGGGCGCAACAAGCAGGAACCCCCCAAGCUGGUCACGCCGUUCAUCCAGAAAGUGGAGACGUACGAUUCCGUGGUGCGCAUCGCGGGCUCGCUGGGCCAGGUUGCGGUGUCCACCUGCUACAGCCCUCGCCGGGCCAUCGAUGCUGUGCACCAUGCCCUUGUGGAAGAGGCUGCGGGGAGCCACCGGCUUCGGGCGCUGCACAGGAUCGAGAAGCUCUUCCUGCAGCUGCUGGAAGUGGAGGAGACGCAGCGGAAGGUGUCUCUGGCCCUGGAGGAGCAGCAGCCCUGCUGCCAGGACCAGAAGAGCCAAGAAGUGAAGCGGAUCUACCAAGCCUUGAAAAUCAGGGCUUGCAGCGGCGAAGAGGAGGCAGAGGAUGAAUUCCUGCAACUCCUGUGCGUGCGGAAGGGCAAGAAGCUCAUGGCUCGGCUGCUGCCCCACCUGACCCGGGAGCAAGCGGAGAAGAUCCUGCUGACCAUCACCCACCACCUGCCCUUCCUCAUGAAGAAGGACAUGUUGGACGAGUCUCUCCCCCUGCUCUACAGCCCGUUGAACAAGGUGGUGGGCACCAUGACCUUCAGCAAGCUCAUUGAGGUGCUGCAGGAGAUGGCCAGGCCUCUGCCCGAGUCCCCUGAGCUCCCCCUUGCCAUGGCCUUGAAAAACCAGUUUGGGAUCUCCCUGCUCUACUCCCUGCUGAGCCACGGCGAGAGGCUGCUGUCCUCCGAUGUGCCGCUGGAGCCACGCGGUGGGGACUUCGAGACGUGGACGGACACGGUGUUUCUGGUUGCCCGGGAGCUGUCGCAAGUGCCCAAGGCCUUGCUGGUGGAGCCUCUCUUCUUGCCCAGCAACCUUCUCUCGCUCUUCUGCCGCUACCUGGACAAGCAGACUGUCCACCACCUGGAAACCAAGAUGGAGUGCUCCCCGCUGCCGUCGGAGGCUGCCAUGCCGUGCUGA